UAAGUUACAUGCUCAUCUCUUUCUAACAACAUAUGUUCUAGAACUACUACAGAAAGUAACUAAAUUGAGCCCGAUUCACUUUCCUUGGCCAAGACGUGAGAAAUGCAGAAUGUAGAUGUGUACUAACAAUAAAGAGAAACCUUUGAGCCGUGUGCCCUGGGAAGGAGUUAAUAAACCAUCCUUCAGCACACUUUACCAGUUUGGAAAUUUGGGAACUUCUUUUGUAGAGACAGAGGGAGGGGACUGGGAAUCGGUGGCAAUAAUUCUUGAAGCAACUUCAGGGCGGAUGUAACACUCAGUGUGACUGGGCACCUCUUCCCUCUCCAAGUCUAACCUCUCUCUUUCCUCUCAGUCUAUUCUGCAUUGUGGAGCUAGGGACCUCCAGGUGCUGGUUCCAAGGGAGUUUGAACAAGGGCGGGGGCGGCAGUCUGUGCGAGUCCUGGUCCAGGAGGCGGGUGCAGGCGCAGCGAGACAGCGAGAGCUGCCAAGCUCAACUGUGAGCAUUUUCCCUUCCUGAAGUCGAAUUUCUCACGUGUAGACCGACCGGGAGACUGAAACAACUGCUGCUGCAUUAUCAGCUGAGCCGGCUCUGCGCCUCCCAGGUGUACCAGAAACUACAGGAGGUCAAAACCUAAAGAAGGAGGAGCGGAAAAAUUGGAUCAUGAGUGACAGAUGGGGACCAGAGAGAAGUGGGCGGAAACCUUAAGACUGGUACCGGAGACACGCUCUUCCACGUGCACCCCCCCAAAAGAACACCCCAAAGUGAAGAAUUUACAGUAAAAGAGCAGUGACGCUUCUAAAUCAAGUUAGAAGGGACUCAGACCAGGCUACCAUAGCCUCCGUUUCAGAACUUUAGGUGUGCAGAGGGGACAAGUGAGUGUGACGAUUCCCUUUCUUUCCCAGGGCUAAGAGUCAUCUUCUCCCUGCUCCUCCCUCCCUUGCCCCCCACCCCCACCCCCAGGAGCCUCCAGAUGUUGAAUCAGUUACACCGUCUGGGCUGGGGAACCUCAAUUACAAAGUUAAGGGCAUUGGCUACCUACAUCUAGAAAGGGCCACCAGGACCGGCAGUGUGUCCUGGGGUUGUACAGGCCUGGACCACACAUGACCGGUUCCCUGUGCGCUACCACUCCUGCGCUCGGAGCCUCCUCUCUCUACCGCGCACUCGCAGCUCCCUAGCGACGCCGCGGAAAGCGAGCUGGGGGGUGGAGAGAGAAGGGGUGCGCGAGUGGGAGGCUUCUCCCUCGGGAGCCUGGGAGAUCCCCGGGCCGUGCCACCGCCCUCGCUGGCACCCAGGCUUCCACCAGCGCCUUCCCAACUUGGUGGUGCUUUCAGGCCAAGGCAGCCGGGAUGGAGCUGUCUCCCCGCAGGCGGCCCCUGCUGGACUCCUCAUCUCUGGACAGCGGCUCCCUGACCUCGCUGGACUCCAGUGUGUUCUGCAGCGAGGGCGAAGGGGAGCCCUUAGCGCUCGGGGACUGCUUCACAGUGAAUGUGGGCGGCAGCCGCUUCGUGCUCUCGCAGCAGGCGCUGUCCUGCUUCCCGCACACGCGCCUGGGCAAGCUGGCCGUGGUGGUGGCCUCCUACCGCCGCCUGGGUGGCCUCGCUGCCGCGCCCAGCCCCCUGGAGCUUUGCGAUGAUGCCAACCCGGUGGACAACGAGUACUUCUUCGACCGCAGCUCGCAGGCGUUCCGCUAUGUUCUGCAUUACUACCGCACCGGCCGCCUGCACGUCAUGGAGCAGCUGUGUGCACUCUCCUUCCUUCAGGAGAUCCAGUACUGGGGCAUCGACGAACUCAGCAUCGACUCCUGCUGCAGGGACAGAUACUUCAGAAGAAAGGAGCUGAGUGAAACUCUAGACUUUAAGAAGGACACAGAUGACCAGGAAAGUCAACAUGAGAGUGAACAGGACUUCUCACAAGGACCUUGUCCCACUGUCCGCCAGAAGCUCUGGGAUAUCCUGGAGAAACCUGGGUCUUCCACAGCAGCCCGAAUCUUUGGGGUCAUCUCUAUCAUUUUUGUGGCAGUAUCCAUUGUCAACAUGGCCCUGAUGUCAGCAGAGUUAAGCUGGCUCAACCUGCAGCUGCUGGAGAUCUUGGAGUAUGUGUGCAUCAGCUGGUUCACCGGGGAGUUCAUCUUGCGCUUCCUCUGUGUAAAGGACAGGUGUCGCUUCCUGAGGAAGGUGCCCAACAUCAUAGACCUCCUUGCCAUCCUGCCCUUCUAUAUUACUCUUCUGGUGGAGAGCCUAAGUGGCAGCCAUACCACACAGGAGCUAGAAAACGUAGGGCGCCUGGUCCAAGUUUUGAGGUUGCUCAGAGCUCUGCGCAUGCUAAAACUGGGCAGGCAUUCCACAGGACUACGCUCACUUGGGAUGACAAUCACCCAGUGCUAUGAAGAAGUCGGCUUACUGCUCCUGUUUCUAUCUGUGGGGAUUUCUAUAUUUUCAACAGUUGAAUACUUUGCAGAGCAAAGCAUUCCUGACACGACCUUCACAAGUGUUCCUUGUGCGUGGUGGUGGGCCACAACAUCCAUGACUACAGUGGGAUAUGGUGACAUUAGACCAGAUACCACCACAGGCAAAAUUGUGGCUUUCAUGUGUAUCCUAUCAGGAAUCCUGGUCUUGGCCUUGCCUAUUGCUAUUAUUAACGAUCGUUUCUCUGCUUGCUACUUUACCUUGAAACUAAAGGAAGCAGCUGUUAGACAGCGUGAAGCUCUGAAGAAGCUCACCAAGAAUAUAGCCACUGACUCAUAUAUCAGUGUUAACUUGAGAGAUGUCUAUGCCCGGAGCAUCAUGGAGAUGCUUCGAUUAAAAGGCAGGGAAAGAGCAAGUACUAGGAGCAGCGGUGGUGAUGAUUUCUGGUUUUAAAUUCACCUUCAAGUUAUUUGCAAAAUACCUGUACAUUUAUCUGGAUUGAUUCAGCCUUGCUACUAUGGAUGUCUGUGCAUUGAUGAUGAGUCUGUUGAGAAUUACUCAUCUUAAUUGUUUCUGAUGUAUUGGUUUAUAUUUUACAUCUCCCAUGGCAACUAUAUAUUAUUUUGACACACUUAAGUCUCCAACAUAGACAAUUAGUACAACCAAAUACAAUUGAAUCUGAAUUUUCAAAUCUUUAUAAUUUCAAUACAUUAUCAAAGUCAAAACAUUCAUGUAUCAUUAGUUUUAGAAGAUUUCUGCAACACUAGAUAUUUUUAAACAGAAGUUAAACUGCAGUUUAGAGAAAAGAUGAGAGAACAUUUUAAAAACACAUUGAACUUCUUUGCUAUUUAAAGAUACUCUCCAAAUAAAUUACUCCUUUCUCCAUCAGUUAAAGCUGUUAAGUAUAAAUUAGCUUUCCAAGAGAACACUCUGUCUUAGUGGUCAAAGAUUGUGCCUCUAUUUUCCAUCAAGUAAAAAGCACUAGGGCCAAAUGAUCAGAGGUCUGUAUCCCACCACUCCUGUCGCAGGUGGAGACCUCAAGCUACUGAGAGGGCAGUGGGUGAGUGUUGCACAGGCUUCAAGAGCCUGCACAGCUUCAUCUUCCCAGCUGAGUGGAAGCAGCAACGUUUUCAGUUCUCCAUGAAAAUUAGAUGGUUGUAAAAUGUCUCAUUAUGGAUGUAUUGUUUAAGUUAUGCCUUUCAAAGCAUGAAUAUGUAAAAGCAAAGUAGUGAAAAAUCCUAAAUUUAUACACUAAACUGAGUAAAUAGCCUUAUUUCACAAAUGAGAAUAUGUUGAAUGACAACAUUUAAUGAACUUGAAGAUCUUUUAUUUGUUAACAAAAAAAUAUUAUGGACAGCUUCUGACUGUUGGAGUAAAUAACAAAUGUUCAGAUUUUGUAGGCAUUUUGACAGCAUUUUGACAUACACUAUAGUAAUAAAAUUCUUAGAAAUUCUGGCAUAUAAUUAAAGCCAAAAUUUUAAAGUUAAGAAACAAGUCUGAUUCUAAGUACCUUGAUGAUAUUUUCAAAAGAAUAACAAAUAAUUCCCUUAAAACCUACUUUCUUGAUGUAUUCAA